AUGAGUUUCUACCAACCUUCUUUGUCACUUUACGACGUUUUAAAUGCCUUGAGCAAUCAGGCACCAGCUGCUAGAGAUCCAAGAGAACAAUUGUUCAGAAGUCGAGGAUACGCUCCUCAACAGCCUGCUUAUGGAUCAUAUGGUGGCGGAAUUCCUUCCAGAUUACCCGCUGGUAUGAUUUACAGAUUGCCAGGUGACACUUGUUACUACAGACCUGAUUACUACUAUACUGGCGAGGAUGAUGAUGAAGAGGAACAAGAAGAAGAAUUGGAAGAAGCUGAGAGAGCACAGCGCUUUCAACAACAUCAACAACAGCAACAACAACAACAACGUGGUUACGAACAAUUUCCUUCGUAUUAUCAUAGCAGAGCCCCUAAAGGUGGUGUUCAAGAGACCAUCGAAGAUUCUGACCCAUUGAGUGAGCUUUUGGGCGCCCUUUUGGGUAAUGCUGCUGCUGCUCCAGCUUAUGAGCGCGUUCCACCUCAAUUUCCAUCUCGUAGAGAUACUGUAAACGAAGAUAAUUUGUUUAAGCAUGCAUUGCUGGAAAAAUUGGGUCAACAGGCACAACAAGAGGAUGCUGCUGUCGCCGCCGCCGAAAGAGAAGGUAAACAAGAGCAAGAACAGCAAGAGCAACAGCAAGAGCAACAACAACAGCAGGAACAACAAUCUCAAGUGGUUGGAAAGGAAAAUGAGUCGGAGGAACAGGCCCCUCCUAAACCAAAGGAGAAAUUACCAUUCCCAUUGAACAGAAAACCUUCUCUAUUGGGAUCUCAAACGGGUUCAUCUGCUCCUGGUGGUCCAUUGCAAGUUUCUAAACCCGAAGCUCGCCUAGAUCUGCCAUUCUCCCCUGAAGUUAAUGUUUAUGACUGUCCUGACCAUUACGUCGUGGCCAUUGCAUUGCCGGGUGCUACUUCUAAGGCUUUCAAAGUCGACUACCAUCCAUCAACUCAUGAACUAAUUCUUAAAGGUGACAUCGAAGACAAAUUGGGUAUUAGUGAAGAAUAUUUGAAAGUGACCGAGCUGAAAUAUGGUGCAUUCCAAAGGACCAUCAAGUUUCCUGUGACACCACGUAUUAGGGAUGAGGAAAUCAAGGCUUCCUACAAGAACGGUAUCCUGCAGGUCAAAGUACCCAAGAUUUUGGAAAGUAACGAGAAACCUGCUCCCAAGAAAAGAAUCAUAAUUGAAGAUGUUCCUGACGAAGAACUAGAGUACGAGGAACAUCAUAGCAUGCCACUAUAA